AUGUCGGUGCUGCUCCCGGUGCCGGGGUCGAUCCCGGUUUGGGGGUCUCGGGACCCCCCCCGGGACCCCCCGGGACCCCGCCGGGACCCCGCGGGGGCGGGGCCGGGCCCGGCCGCUCGGGCCCUUUGUGUCGGCGAGCGGCGGGCGAGGGGCCGGGCCCGGCCGGGGGGGCGCGGGAGGGACCCCCAGCUCCACAGUUCGGGGCAGGAUGGAGCCCCCCCCUCCCCGCCCGCGCUGGGGACCCCCGCAGGAGAGCGCGGCGGACUCGGGGGCCGCGCUCCCCGCGCGGAGCGCCCGCGCCGCCUCGUCCCCGCCGCCGCCGGCGCUCCCGCUGCUCCCGGCGGGGCCGGCACCGAACUGCGGCGCCUGCGGUUCCGGCAGUUCCGCUACCAGGAGGCGGCGGGGCCGCGGGACGUGUGGCGGAGGCUGCGGGAGCUGUCGCGGCGCUGGCUGCGGCCCGAGGAGCGCAGCAAGGAGCAGAUCAUGGAGCUGCUGGUGCUCGAGCAGUUCCUCAGCAUCCUGCCCGAGGACAUCCAGAGCUGGGUGUGGGUGCGGCACCCCGAGUCCUGCGCGCAGGCCGUGGCCUUGGCCGAGAGCUUCCAGCGGGGACGAGGAGACCCCGGCGGGAUCUGGGAGCAGCAGGUGACCGUGCGGGUGAAGGUGGAGGACGUGGCCCCCGCGGACGUGGAGGACCCCGGAGCUCUGGGGGUCCCCCCGAGCCCCCCAUCGGAGUCCCCCCGGGAGGAGGCGGCCGAGGAAGAGGAGCCGCGGGAAGGAGAUCCCACCGCGGCCCCGGAGCCGCCCCUUCCCCAGCCCCGCCGCCCCCGCGACGUCCGGCGAGGAGCCCCCCGGCGCCAAGCCCGGCCAGACCCCGGCGAGCCGCCGGCGCGGCCGUACCCCUGCGGCCAGUGCGGCAAGACCUUCGGCCGCCUGACCCACCUGAAGACCCACGAGCGGACGCACACGGGGGCGAAGCCGUACGGCUGCGGCGCCUGCGGCAAACGCUUCGGCCACCUGUCCACGCUGACCACGCACCGGCGGCUGCACACCGGCGAGCGGCCGUACGGCUGCGGCGCCUGCGGGAAGAGCUUCACCAACCCCUCGGACCUCAACAAGCACCGGCGGUCGCACACGGGCGAGCGGCCGUACCCGUGCCCGGCGUGCGGCAAGCGCUUCAGCCAGCAGUCCAACCUGACCAUGCACCGGCGCAGCCACACGCAGGAGCGGCCCUACCCCUGCCGGGCGUGCGGCAAGAGCUUCAAGUACCUGGCGGACCUGACGGUGCACGAGCGCUCGCACACGGGCGAGCGGCCCUUCCCCUGCGGCCACUGCGGCAAGAGCUUCAGCAACAAGUCCUCGCUGGCCCGGCACGCGCGGAUCCACGCCCGGGCGGCCGCCAGGGACAAGUGACGGCGGGCGGGGGGGGCGUUGGUGGCCGCGGGGCGGAGGUUUGGGGGAUGGGGGGCGGCGGCGGAGCCCCCGGAGGGCGGCGGGUCCAGAUGGUGGCUCGGUGGUGCUGGAGAUGGGAGCACUGUGGUGGCCCCAGGACCGUCCUGAGGCGGCUCAAACACAGAUGAGGAUGGACGUGA